AUGAACCAAAAUUUAUUGUUUAUAUUUUUUCUGUAUAUCUCGCGAUCAAAUGCUGAACUCUCUGGCCUUCUGAGUGCCCUGCAAUACUUUGGGCUCUACGGCAAUGGAUCGGAUUCCCUGGGACAGUCUCGCGGUCAAUGCGAGUAUACGUUUGAAUCGUUCGCCCUACUGGGUGAUCGGCAUACUUGCGCGCCAGACGAUGAGCAUAUACUGCACCUGACUCAGCUGCCACCGCAGCGCAAGCCGCCCAUCAUGAUCAAGUGCUUGCAGCCGGAGCCAGCGGCCGACAAUGGCAACGGAACCGAGACUGUGCCCAAGCUGCUGAUAAUGAGGAGUGGCAAGGAGAUUCUGAACCUGCUUAAGCCCAUUGGCAAUGCUACCAAGCGGCACGAGCACGGCAGCUGUGUGGUUGUCCACUUUUGCACGGCCACAAGCUUGGAGUGCUCUCGUGUGGCGCCCGUGAUAAACCUUCUGCCUCACCUAUUUCCCACGCUGCCCGUCGCCUACAUCGAUGCGUACGAGUUUACCCCCUUCAACGCCGAGUUCGGUAUUGUUUCGCUGCCGACGCUGAUGAUCUUCCAUCAGGGACGACCGUUGAUCAAGUACGAUACCUCCUGGACGGACUCGGAAAAGCGCGCCUUUGGCAGGUUCAUCAUGCGCCACACCAACGUAAAGACAGUGGAUCCCAAGAGCAUUGAUCCACAAAUCUUGCAGCGAACGCUCACCGAGCCCCUUUCCAACACGCCGGAGGUGCAGACCGAUUACUACCUGGGCAUGGCCUGGGCCUUUAUCCUGCUCUGCCUGGGCAACUAUGUGAGGGGCACGGUCUUCUGGAAGCAGCUUAUAGCGAUGGUGCAGCGCAACUGGCGAGAGUCUGAGGAGACGCAAAUGGAUGUCGUUGACUAAUAGUGCAAAAGGUGGUCUUGGGGCGGGGCAGACCGGCCUGGCCUGUCUUUCGGAAGCAAAGUACAUACGCUUUACAUUUACUAAUGUAAUGUAUUUAAUGAUUUAAUUAAAUUCACAUCAACGUUA